UUUAGUCGAGAUCGUGCAUUGCAACCAAGUCAAACCAACCGAAUUCAAGAUGAAAUUCCUGAUCGCCUUUGCCGCUGUGGUAGCCGUCGCUUUGGCCGCCCCCGCCGAUGAGCGUGAUGCUCAGGUCGUCCGGUACGAGAACGACCACAAGGGUAUCGAUGGAUACAACGUGGCCUACGAGACCAGCAACGGCAUCAAUGGCAAGGAACAGGCUGAGCUAAGAUCUUUCGGAGAUGACAUUUCUGCCAUCGUCGUUCGGGGAUCGUACUCCUACACCGGUUCCGACGGACAGGUCUACACCGUGAACUACAUUGCCGACGAGAAUGGAUUCCAGCCCGAAGCGGCCCAUAUUCCACGUGCCUAAGCUGUCGGAAGUGUGAAGUUGAAUGAUUGAUGAAGUGAUAGAAAGGAAGGUGUAAAUAAAUUGCUCUAGUUAUUUUGGAA